ACGCGACCAACCAAAACACGGAAGUAACGCUGCUCAGAGAGCUAAAAGUCGCAUGAAAGUCGCAGUUGCUUCUUUAUUUGUGGGAGUAAUUUUUAUCAUUCACCAUGGAAGACCAGGAGAUGCAGCUUAAAGUCAGACGAGUGAGUGAGAAAUUCACGGAGAGCAUGUAUGUCCUGGCUAACGAGCCGUCCGUGGCUCUGUACAGACUGCAGGAGCAUGUCAGGAGAUCCCUACCUGAGUUGGCGCAGCAUAAGACAGACAUGCAGAGCUGGGAGGAGCAGAGCCAAGGAGCCAUCUACUCAGUCGAAUAUGCCUGCAGUGCCGUGAGAAGCAUGGCCAAAAGCAGCGUGUAUUUCAAAAAUAUUGACGGCCUCCUGCGACACGCCAUCAGCAUGAAGGAGCAGAUGAGCAUCUCUCAAGGACGUAGAAAAAGGACAGUGGAUCCCGGCAUGCCAAGGGACACAGGAGAGAAGCACAACUCCGGAAUGUGACGACACUUCCCGACCUUUCCCCAUUUUCUGCUCCUUCUCUCCGCUACCUCUUUGAUUGAAGCGGAGCGGUCGACGUCCUCAGCCCCGUCACCGCCUAGUCCACCUCCCGCCGGCACAAGCCGCUCAGCGGAACGGAGCGGCCCAGCGUCGCCAGGUUCGGCUUUGUAAAACGCUAAAGUCAUGGAUGCGGCUCAAAGGGCGCAUUGUUCUCUCGAGCUCGCUGGACGAGAACAGCGGAGCUGUUUUCUUUCUCGGCUGUUGACAGCUCACAUCUUGGACGUUAGCCGUCAAGGACACUCCUGCAUUUGUUUAGGGUUACUCAUACGGUAUGGUAUGGAUACACCAGCAUCAAAUAUCGAUAUUGUGACGUAUCAGUAUUGCUACACCCCCAUUAAAUAGCAAAUUUGUAUUAUCAAUUAAGCAUGAAAUACUAUGAUGUAACUUUUUUGCUUGCGUUAAGCUAAUGAUGCACGUGCAUCAAAUAGCGAUAUUAAAAACAACCCAAAAAAAAAACCACAUUUAAUUUUGUCACAGUUAUGAUCAUUUGUAACUUUUAGUAAUGUUAAUUUGUUUUGAAAAAAAAAUGGUUCACUCACACAUGCUUCAAUUAUUCAAUUUGAAUUAGGAACCCACGUGUGUUUUCUGAUAGCAUAAUUGAUCUCAUAUGACAGGCUAUUGUGAUACUAUUUAAUAUGAUGACGAUAUUGCGUGUUAUUGCCACCCUUAGUUGAUACCUGCUAAAUAGACCGAAACUCCCAGGCAGAACAGUCCGAUGACCACAUGCCGCACGGCUCUGCUGUCCAAUAAGAACCAGUCUGCUCUGUGGAGACAAAAGUGGAGAAAAUUAUGGGCUGACACACUUUUUUUAUGUUGCAC